ACGGCUCCUACGACAUCACGGCGCACUUUUUGUUUAUGUUUGAAACGGAAUCAGGGGCAUCUCCAAGAUACGUUCAGUGAGGCCACCAUGAGCCUUGUUUGACCAAAUUCACGGACGAUAUCAAGGAUAUCAUUUUCGCGAGAGGGAAAGUGUUCCGCUGAUUAAUGGUUGUUAAAGGUUAUCCAUCCCGUCUCUCACGCAGUCCUCGGUGCCUAUUUGACCAUGUUGCCUGUGAGGAUCAUGAAACCUGUAAAGGCUUCCAAGCAGACCACAGCUGCAGCAUCGAAGAUCAAAAAUAAGAUUCUCAACACCUCCUUCUUCAAGGUUUCUUUGAAGACCAACAACAAGGCCUUAGCUCUCGCUUUGCAAGCCCAGAAGGAGAGGAGCUCGCAGCUGGAGAAGGAGAUUGUCCACCUUCAGAAACAAGUAGAGGCUCUAUGCUUCGAGCUGGCCACCAAGAAAUACAAGCACAGGAAACUGCUCCUCAUCUUACAAAGCCUUCAUAGCAACACUGUGCAGCACUUGGACAUGGUGGUUGACCUAUUCUCUGACAGUGAUCUUCCCAAACUGUGCGAGGCAGACAAGAUCGUAUCUGGUGACAGCAACAAAGAAAAUAUUGUAGCAGGAAGGUUUCCUGAUGAGUUACCUCCUCAGCCAGACAUUUCAGGGGCUUUGUUGUUCCCUCUCCAAAAAACAUCAGACUUGCCCAAAGUAAACAUCUCUGCAAAUGUCAUCAGUAUCCAGAAUACACCCAGAAACUCCACUGAUACUUACAAAGGAAACGGAGAUGCUGAGGCAAAGCGUUUAAGUCAUUGUAUACAAUCUCUCCAGUCAGGAACAUCCCGUCAGUCCAGCAGCCUUAGGGAUGAAGUGGAGAGGCUGUCAGUGAUAUUCCCUGGGUUUGAUAGGAAGUCAGUCCUCUGUCUCCAGAACAAUCAGACCCCCUCAGUUGAAGGCACAUGUGAGAACCCCGGGCCAUCUCUUUCUAAUGAGGCUCACCCUCAAUGUAGCUCAGUUUUAGAAACUGAACCAGAGUGUGGCAACAAACGAGAGAAGACUUUACUUCUGAAUACGACGAUGGAGAUGACUCUACCCAAUGCUACUGAAAUAGUCACUGUGGAAACCAAGGCCAAAAAAACAGGCCACUCUGCCAAGCAAAAAGGUAAGAAGAACGAUGAACAAGCAUGUGGGUCAAGUGAGGCUGAAACUCCACAAGUGAACCCCGCAGAUUCUAGGUUGAGUGACAUUCAGAUUGCUCCCACUGGCACUUUGUGGCAGACAGAUGACCAUGCAAUAAAGGAUAUUAGAGACCAAGAGGUUAUUGAGCUUCAGUCACCUGAAACACAUUGUAGGAGUGUGAUGAUCUCUCGCAUUCCCAAAUUGAAGUCUGAAGGGGGCAAUCAUCAGAAAAGGAAAAAGAACAAAUUCAAAUCCUGUGAUCUGACCACGUCAAAAACAGAUUCCUGUGACAUCGUGUCAUCAGAAAAGGACGAUUAUUUCAAGGAUCCUCAAAAUAAUUUCUCAAAUGCCAGAGAAAGUGUAAAAUUACUACUAGAAAAAGACACGGCAGAAGAAGCAAGGUCCAAAAUCACCUGCAGGAGGUCCAGGACUAGAGGAAGGAGGGUGUCCUCAGUUACCAGGCAGACAUUUGCCUUUGUGCCUUUACCACUGCAUGAAAGUGAGAGCAGUCAGUCCCAGUUGGAACAGGUCCACAGUGAAGUGGAAGAAAAAGUUGUGGACACAAAUCUACCAAGAAAAAUGAAGACUGCUGCAAAUUCUGGGGGGAGUCCAAAUUCAAUAUGUAGGAAGACUUUUGUUAUCUCAGUGACCAGCAAUUGCACCUCAUCAAACAGUGCAUCACCAGAAGUGGGUGGCGUUGAGCACAACUCUGUGCCUUCUCCAGGACCCUCCAACUGUCAGGCAGAAGAACUGUCUACAGUAAUGGACUGUGUCAUUCAGCAACAUUCAGAAUCCAAUCGUCAGGGGCACAGUAAUGGAGUCAAUAAAACACAAAACUCUGCUAAGCGUUCUUGGCUGGCCAGUCAGGAUUUAGAAACCCCUCAAGGUGAUUUGGGUAGCAUAGAUAAUGAUGAACUGUUGGAUCAAGGCUGCACUUCAGGACCAGUGUUUCAGAAACCAAAAAAAGCCAGGAGAGAGGAAAAGACUCGAUCCAGUAAGAAGAAAAGUAGCCGUAGCAAAAAAGGAUGUAGAUCUGAAGAUGAAGCGUGUAAUCUUGGGGACCACAUUAAUAUAUCUGAUGGAAAUAAAGCACUAUUCGAUGAUUUGGAAGUGGUUGAGUCACGUGCUGACAUCAGUGAAAAGGAUGACAUCUUUGAACAUUUAUGUGAUUCACAAACUAACAAGACAGAGUCCAAGAUUGAGUGGGAUCCAAAGUGGUGUAGAAAUGCAUCCAAACUGCAUACAUCUGUGGAAACCAGAAAUCCAAGGGAGACGUUUGUUGUCUAUAGGCGGAAAACUCAAGACAAAGUUUUGUUAAACCACACGAGGACAUCUGAAGUGUCACAUGGCUACAAUCACAUGAUGGACAGUAGUGAUGAUGCACAUCAUCAGAAUCUGGGAGACCUGCUGGCGGAUGAGAUUCCACCGUGGCAGGCCAUAGAUGUCAGCACUGCCGACACUGAGAAUGGCUCAUUUCUCGCUACUCCCAGGAGGGAGACCUCGCGCAGGAUGACAGCGAUUGAGGAUUCUUCAGCUGUCACAUCUGAAGCUUCUCCAGCAGGGGUCCUAACAUCACUGACCAACGUCAUUGGAACCCCAGACAAUGAAAAUGGAGGAAGAACCAGAAGACGGAAAGGUGUGGUCAGUUAUAAGGAGCCAACCCUCAGGAGCAAAAUGAGACGUGGCGAUAAAUUCACCGAUAGCUCAUUUCUGCGCUCUCCGGUGUUUAAGGACAAGAAGAAGAAGCAGAAGAAGAAUGUAACCAACCCUGAGUUGGCAAGAUCCAUUUUGGUGGACUGAUUUUUUUUCUUCACCUGCAUUUUUAAAUGUGCUGUUAAUGUGAUUUCCUUUUUUUAUUUUUCAUUUUUUUAUGGCUUUGCACUGAAACGUCAAACAUGUUUGUUGACAAGCACGUUGUGUAAACUAGAGGAAACGACCUACCCCUGCAGUGUUUGCAUUUUUUUUCAAACUGUACACAUUGAAACCAAUCUGAAUAAUCUUAUAUCUAUAGUUCCACUUAUUUCCCAGUAAUGUGUGGUUGGUACUGGUCUUAGAGAUUGACAGGAGGACGGGUCAUAAAUUAUUCAGUCCAGGCUGUUCACCUGAGAACACUAUUCUGCAUUGCUGUGAAAGGUAACCAGAUUCAGUGUUGCAUGACUGCAGCCUACCAUGUUUUUGUAUCAUCAUGUAAACUGAAGGUCUGUAAGCUGUUUUUUGCUCUUCAACUUUUAACAGUCAUAUAGAUUUGUGUGGUGAGUACAGAUGUUUUCAUGUUGAAUUUGCUUUGAGAUGUUCCCUUGUAUUGUUUUUGGUUUGCCCAUUAAAGUGUUAUUGUACAGGA